AGAUCUGUCGCUACUCUCCCUAUACAGGUACUCUAGUACAAACAACAUUUAUUUCAUCAUGGAGACAUUUCGUGACAUAUUAAUUUAUAACAUUAAUUUCACUCUCAGUUAAUGUACGUCAUGGCCACUCAAAAACCUGUCGAAUGGGUUUCAUCCCUAAUUAACAGGUUUGAAGAACAGCUACCUUCCCGGACUGGACCGCAAACAGCACACUCAAGAAUCAGUGAAGAACAAAACAAAUUAUGCCUCAUAAAAAUAAGCCGCUAUCGAUUUUCGUUGGUUAUUUCUGGACUGACCAAAAUUCUCACACGGGUGAACGAAUUGCAUGCAGCUGUUACAAACGGAGGUGGUCGCCCCCAUGGUCCUGACAUGGAACGGAACUGCCGUGAAUCCUUGAUCAUUAUUUUAGAUACGCUAGAGAAAUGUCUGAAUAAUGUGCCAAAAGAUAGUGCUCGGUUUGAAGAGGCAAUGAAUGUGAAAUUAUUACUACGAGAAAUAUGCCCCUUUUUAG